AUGAAGACGCUGGAUAUCCUAGUGCUGGCCGUCGCGUUUGGCGAUGUGCUCUGCGACCAAGUGGCCCAAACUAACUCUUCGGCGGCCAAAGACAUGUACGUUGUUCACGCCACAGUCUACCAAGUGGGCAUACUAACAAACAAGACGGACGACGAAAUAGGAAAGGCUCAGGGUAAUCAAGAGUCCAUCACUUUUUUCCACCGCAAUGGAUCAGCGGUCGAUUUGAGUGGCAUACACAACCCUUUGCUGACAAAUGUGACUGCUCAGAGUAUAGUCGGGGUUGCCCCAAUCCAAGAUGUGAACCACACAAAUGAUUUAGUACCCUGGACUGCUCUUGAGAAAUUAGCCUCUGUGCAACAACAAAAGGCGCCUGCGGACCCAACACGAAGCGACGCAAAUCAAGCGAUGAAAUUCAAGCGAGAGGUCGCUAGUGUGCCCGUGAAAUUGGUCAAGGGAGCCGCGGUGGUUCCACCAGGGACCGGAGUACAGUCUCUCGCCCUUCCACCUCUAUUGACCCUGAACAGUAACCUAUCGCUGAUCCCGGUGCCAAUACCCAACACCUCCGUGGUGCGCUAUGCGAAGAUAAACACAUUAGUGAAGAGCCCGCAACACUUC